GGCAUCGACGACAAAUGGAUUAGAAUUUUACGGAGUUUCGAUCGCAGUAUGAACAUAAUAUUUAUUUUGGGGCAGGGUGUACUUGAUCAAAAAUGCACGGACGGUGUAUCAUGAAUGGGUACCCGUUGUUCAUAAGAACAAUCCCGGUGACCAUCAUAUCAAGCGUCGUGUACUGAACGCUCAAGUCAUCGAAGAAAAUCAAAAUUUUAAUAGUUGUACUUUCUCCUCUUAUCACCAUGUUUGUAGUCAUUUUGACUAGAUUUAAUGUGCCAGGUUGUGGCAGAUUAAAUCAUAAAACAGUCCGUUUCUUAAUGUUGCUCACUGAAGUCGCUGCUGCGAACUUUUUUAUUUGGAGUUGUUUUUUGCCCUUCAUCGAUGUGUAUUUUUUAUUGAGUUUACAACAUAAUUUUUGUUGCUGCUGUACCGACUCUUGAGGACGGGUUCGUAUCUAAGAUGUCAUAUAUGUAGUCAAAACGUCUGGGAUUGCAAAGGUCGUCUUUUUCUUUUGGUUGUUAACCACCAACCGGAUGUCAUGACGUCACACGAGGUAGGCUUAACGUUCGUGAUUUGCGAAAGUGCAAAGAAUAGAUGCUUAUGCUGAUAAGAUAGACCUUUGUAGUAAUGACGUCACAGUGGGGGCCAGCGGGGGCCACACGUUAACAAAGUGUGAUAUCGCUAGAGAGAUCCUUUUCGCUGUGGAAAGUUUGAACAGGGGCACUGGUGCGUGUUGAAUAACAGGCAUGAAUGCAGUGUGCAAGGUCAGGCUUUCAUGCACAAUACAGUACUGCCAAUUCUUGUGACAGAAGGAAAGGGUGCAUUUUAGCUACCCGACAGUUUGACGUGCUGUGAAAAAUAAUUGGCUACACGGGCUAUUUCGGAAAGUAAAGGUGUUCUCCCACCGCUGUACUUGGUGACAUGGACUUAGUGCCUCAUUCCACUUUGCCAAUGUGGUGGCGAGUUCUUUGGGGAUCGGUCUUUAUUUUGCUAUUGACCGACAGUCUAGAUUGCAGAGAACAUUUUCUUUGCCAAGAUGUUUGCCUGGACUCUCAUAUCAUCUGUUAUGUCAACAAUGAUUGUGAAUACAACACUGAACAAACUUGUGAUGGAUAUGGAGACAGAGACAUCAUUUUAAACUCAACAUUACCUUCAGUGACAGUAACAUCAGCUCAUUAUCCAAAUAUGUAUCCAGGCAACUCUCACUGCUUGUGGUUUAUCACAGCAAACAGCAGGUCUAAAAUUGCUUUCCAGUUUUCUAUGUUUAAUCUUGAGCAACGUUACGAUACGGUGACCAUCGGUAAUGGUCAUAAUCCUUCAAUUCAAAACUCAGAAAUUGGUAGUUUCAGUGGUUCUCUGCCCAACAUAACAGUCUUUUCCAAAGAGCAUACUGCCUGGAUGAGGUUUACGACUGAUAGCUCUAUAAACUACAGUGGAUUUUUAGUGUGGAUCUCACAAGAAACAGAUGAAGUUUCCUGCCAACAGGAUGAAUUUGAAUGUCAAGAUAAAUCAUCUGGCCUAAUUUGUUUGGCUGUUGAAACAGCCUGUGAUGGUUUCACUUUGUGCCCAGAUGGCUCGGAUGAGGGAUCAUGUGGUAACUGCGGUGCAGAAGUCAUUUACAUCUACGAAGACCCCAUCACCUUAACAUCUCCAAACUACCCAGAUGACUAUCCUAAUGAUGUCAACUGUGUUUGGCGGCUCAUUGGUGAAUUAGCAGUCCCUGUUACCAUGAGGAUUCAGGAUUUUGUACUGGAAAAUUUCUAUGAUGUCCUCAAGGUCAGAUUUCAGGAGACUGAGCAAGUGGCACAGCCAACAGAGGUUUUCUCUCUAACAGGGGGGAGUGUCUCAAAACAGACUUUUACCUGGGAUAGUACAGCUGGAAAUGUCUUGCUGGAAUUAAAAACAGACCGAACCAUAGCAAGGAGAGGAUUUUCCAUUACAAUAGCUCAUUAUCACAACUAUACAGAGGAUGAAGAUUUAGAAGCACUUUGUGAGGAGGAUGAGUUCCAUUGUGGGGGUGGUCUCUGUGUUACACUCUCAUCAGAAUGCAAUGGAUAUCUGGACUGCAUCAAUUAUGAAGAUGAAACAAAUUGCAAUGAUGUGUUCUGCCCAGAUUCCUACAAGUGUGAUAAUUUCAACUUAAGUGUGACAGCCAACCCAACUCAAACCCAUCCACCCCACAGUACUACAGAUUCUUCAGAUUACAGUUCACAUCCAUUUUCAUCUGACUUCUCUUCCUCCGACGAUGGCUACCUUCCACAGGCGCAAUGUAUUCCACUGGUCAUGGUUUGUGAUGGAAUGAUGAACUGCCCUAAUUCUGAUGACGAAGUCCAAUGUGAUUUGAAACGUUGCCCUGCUGGUUGUAUCUGCAGCUACAAAGGUACAGAUCUGGUAGUAAAUUGCAACAAUGGCUGGAAUUCUACAACAUUAACAGAUCUGGCACUAACCACACAUACUCUACAGCUAUCAGGAGUCAACAUUGGCAGGCUGGAACAAGGACUAUUCAAGACAUCAUCAUACCUGAAAGUGUUGUCUUUGAGAAACAAUCUCAUAUCAGAGAUACAGGAGGACACGUUUGAUGGAUUGGAUAAUCUUUUGUGGCUAGAUCUGUCAAAUACAUCACUGAAUGAAUUGCCAGGGUUUUCCUUGUCACACCUAUCCAGUCUACGUGGAAUCACAAUAUUUGAUGUGCCUCUGAAAAGAAUCAAGACAGAAGCAUUUUAUGGACUUUCCCUUGUGGAAACACUAAUAAUUGUACGCAACAUAAAAGGCCUACCACCACUAGAAAUAGAAGAAGAUGCUUUUAUUGGUCUUGAGCGUGUAUCAAAAUUAUAUGUGGAUGACCAUCGACUGUGCUGUUUCAUUCCCUCAGCUACUGAAUGUACAACACUAGAACCAGAGCCCCCACUCUUUAUGUGUAGUGAACUCAUGCCAAACACUGUUCUCAAAGUCUUCAUGUGGAUCCUUGGUAUCAGUGCCCUCAUUGGUAACAUUUUUGUCAUGGUGUGGCGAUGUCAAGAGAAAACAGGAGGGAAAACAAGUCGGAGAGUUCAUUCCUUCUUGGUGUUUAAUCUGGCUGUGUCCGAUGCCUUGAUGGGGCUGUAUAUGUUGAUUAUCGCCAGUGCUGAUGCCUAUUUUGGCGAGCGAUAUUUUGAAGUAUCUAUGGAGUGGCGUACGAGCAUUUUGUGUCAAGUUGCUGGAUUUAUUUCUAUUGUUGCCAGUGAAGCUUCUGUAUUCUUUCUUACCUUCAUCAGUAUUGACCGGUUUCUUUCCAUUCUCUUCCCAUUUAGCAGCUAUCGUUUCCGCCCUAAGUCCGCUCGCAUUGUUGCCAUGUGUGUUUGGAUUGGUACAGUCAUCAUUGCAAUAGUUCCAACCAUACUAGCCUCUGAUGCCACAUCUGAUGUAUAUGGCCUUUCAGAUGUAUGUAUUGGAUUACCACUGAUGACUAAAGUCACACAUUAUGAGACAGUAGACCAACAAAUUGAUGCAGGGGGAGUGGCAAACAUCACUGUCAGUAUUCCAUAUCCUGCUGAUUAUCAAGCAUCCUGGUUCUUUUCCAUUGCUCUUUUCCUGGGUGUAAACCUGCUAUGUUUUAGCAUAAUUCUCAUUUGCUAUGUUUCUAUCUUCAUUCGAGCCAAGUCUUCUGUAAAGCAUUUGCGUCGUCACAAGAAACAAAAUGAUGAAGUUCGUAUGGCUAUCAAAAUGGCAGCCAUUGUUUCAACUGAUUUUGUCUGCUGGGUACCAGUUAUUAUUAUGGGCAUUCUAUCUCAGGCUCGUGUGGUGGAGAUACCUACAGAAGCUUAUGCAUGGACUGUGGUUUUUAUUCUUCCCAUCAACUCAUCGCUCAAUCCUUACCUCUACACAAUCUCAGAUCUCUGUUGUCAACAACGAAAGGAAACCUCUGCAAAGAACACAGAUGUACCAGUGAAGACUUUGAGUUCAGAGAAUCGAAUCAGUGUACUCAGCCCUGAUGACAGUCUUGCACAUUAGGAGGGUUAAAGUAUGAGCAAGGGAGUACAUCACAAGAAAUAAAAACUUGAUGCUUAUGGGUUGUGCCAGCAAUGGGCCUGUGUGUACUUACAACCUGAAUGACCUCGAUUACUGAAAUUGAUUAACAGGUAAAUAUGAAUAUAAGACUUUGCCUACCCUGUACUUAUUACCAACAAUAUGGGGAAAGCCAUCAAAUAUAGUUUAAAUUUACUUGAAAGAGCUUGAAGGAUGUAAUUGUGUAAAGAAACAUCUUAAAUUCCGAUUAUCUUGUAAAGAUCAUGUACAUGUAAUGCCAACUGUUUCUUAAGUAAGAUUUGAAACUUCAUGUGGAGAAGGCUAGACAGAAGGAAGAUUUGUGGGUACACCAUCAGGAAUCGCUCUCUUCUAUUAAAGUGGUAGUUUUGAGAAGAACUGGUGAGUGUGAAACUCACAUUUCAACCAGGAUGCUCUGGUUGUCGUCUCCCCUCCUGAGGAUGACCAGAUCAUCCUCAAUGAAAUGUCAAGUUCACACUCACCUUGUUCUUCUCAGAGCUUAGGGAAGAGAUGGAUUACACAUGGAGAAUGGUUUCCUCCAUCAAGAGGAAGCUCAAGCUGUUGCUCCUUGUCUAUUAUGGCAAGUAAGUGAAAACUGAUUUACACCAUUAUUAACCCCUUGACAAUGGGAAUUUCUUCCCGAAAGCCGACUCCAAGAAUUCCAGCCUCACUUGGCCACAAAGGC